AUGUUAAGGGGCUUUGCGACAAAUGCCGGGCCUGCCAGGUUUGCCUUUGAAGACGAAGUACCAAUGUUGCACGCUUACUUGUUAGAGGAAAGGCAUUUACUUGUUGAAGCAUCUAUCCGUUUGUAUGAGUGGAUUACAAUCGAGAAUGGUAUUUUCAAGGUUCAAUUCAACUAUACGUUCAACCUCGAUGCCGAAGACGUUCGCCUCGAAAAAAAAAGUCAACUCCGUGCUACACUCAAGGACGAUGAUGGUAGACCCCGCGAAUCUGGAAUAGAGCUUGACGAGUGUAUAGGAAAACACAACGCCUCUACAUUUCCCAAUUCUGAGAAAGCAUGA